GAUCUAUACGCAAAGAGAAAGAUGUCAGAAGCCGCUCCAGCUCCCGCUCCAGCCGCCGCCAAGGUCAAAGCGGCCAAGAAGAAGGUCGUGAAACCGAAGACCGCCGGCCUAAGUGUCAGUGAUCUCAUUGUGAAGGCCGUGUCCGCGUCCAAGGAGCGCAGUGGCGCGUCAGUGUCCGCCCUCAAGAAGGCUCUGGCGGCCGGAGGCUACGAUGUGGAGAAGAACAAUUCCCGCGUCAACACCACCAUCAAGAAGCUGGUGAUCAGCGGGACCCUGGUCCAGACCAAGGGAGCCGGGGCCACCGGCUCGUUCAAGAUGAGCAAGAAGGUGGAGACCAAGGUCCAGAAGCCGGUGAAGAAGGCCGCUCCCAAAGCGAAGAAGCCCGCCGCCAAGAAACCCGCAGUGGCUAAAAAGCCCAAGUCGGCGGCCGCCAAGAAGCCAGCAGCCGCUAAAAAGUCCCCGAAGAAGGUGACCAAACCAGCAGCGGCCAAGACGCCCACCAAGAGCCCCAAGAAGGUGGCGAAGAGCCCCAAGAAAGUGGCGAAGAGCACUAAGAAGGUGGUGAAAAAGGCCCCUGCUGCCAAGAAAGCCCCCGCGAAGAAGGUCGCCAAACCCAAAGCGAAGAAGACAGCAGCCAAGAAGAAGUGAGCUGUCCUCACUGUGAAACAUGUCCAUCCUGGUAAAAGGCUCUUUUAAGAGCCACACACGUCUUUCCAAAAAGAGCUGUUUCCUCAUCAAUCAUCACCACUGCCAAUACAUAUGUAGAGACAGAGUUCUUAACUAAAGGGACUCAAGUUUGAUAGAAAUAUAUUUAAGGUUUUUCGUUCAAUGUUAAGAUUUAGAAGUUAGUUAACAUCAAAUAAUAUAUAAACAUAGCUUUAGACUCUGUGUGAAGGAGAGGCAGACUACUACUGACGCACAUAUGAAAACCUGAUUCAUGUGAAAUACGUCUUUAAUCCAACAUGUGACCGGACACACGGCACCUAACUUUUAAAAGCUCAUGUUACAGAUUAAGCAAAGGUACCAGAGUGAUUGUUUAUGACUACAUUACUAUCAUAUAAUAGUUUGUAAGAUGUGUAACCAAUAGAUAUGUUUACUUCUCACCCUAGAUUUGCAUAAUGACAAAUGUAAAGAGGGUGAAUGUUGCAUUCAAUUUAUUCUACCCACAGUAGUUUCUAUUUCAUUAAGAAGAUAGUAUGUGUUGUUUUUGCAGUCAUACCGUCCAUCAUGAGAGAUGUAUGCCAAGGAUCCAUGUACCUUCGAUGUACUGCAAUUUGAAGUUUGUAUCUUUUAUGCAUCCAAUAGUGUAUUCAUAUUUAUAUAGAUAUAUGCAUAUAUAUGUAUCUUGCUCAUAGUGUAUUCAUCGUCCUUAUAUCACAAAAUACCUCUAAAUACUGCACUAUUCCAUAUAUAUUUAUCACUGUACAUAUCUUAUGUAUUAACAAAUGUCACUUCACUUUAAAUAUGCACUCUGCACUAUUACUGCCUUUUAUUGCGCUUCUGGUUAUAUGCUAAACUGCAUUUGGUUUUUAACAAGCACUUGUACUGUGCAAUGACAAAAAAGUUGAAUCCAAUCUAAAAACGUCUUUUGUGUAUAGUUUAAGUUGAUGGGUGAUAUGAGGAGUUUUGCUCUUUGGAGGAGAGUGUGUGGCUCUUAAAAGAGCCUUUGUGUCGGUGGUUUCCAGAAGCUUUGCUUUACUUGGACUUGGGGACCUUCUCGGUCUUCUUGGGCAGAAGAACAGCCUGGAUGUUGGGCAGCACGCCGCCUUGAGCGAUGGUCACUCCGCCCAGGAGUUUGUUGAGC